AAAAGUGUGUGCUUUGUUUUAUUUAAUAUAAGUUUAUUAUGCGAGACUUAAUUGGCAAGUAAAUAUAUUAUUAUUAUUAUUUUUUUUUUUUUUGAAGAAUGAGUCAUCGAGAUACUUUAUUAAAAUCAUAUUCUAAACGUCUUAAAGAUGACAUAAAAUCUAUUUUAGACAACUAUGUUGAGAUAGUCAAAGCAGCCAAAGUUGAAGAAGAAACACAAGUUGCACGUUUAACACAGGCUGUUGAAGAUGGCUAUGAAAUUGACGUACGAGCAUCUAAUAUUGUUCGGGCAGGCGAGUCAUUAAUGAAGCUUAUAGCAGAUAUGAAAGAGUUUCUUAUAUUAAAUGAUUUUCCAGCAGUAAACACAAGUCUUCAAAAAAGAGUUCAACACUUAAAAACUAUUGAAGAUGAGACAAAGAAAAAACUUAAUGAACUAAAAGAAGUUGUUAAUAAUGAUCUUAUUCUUUUAGAAGAAGAGUUUUAUUUAUCAAAAUAUAAAGUCUAAAAUGAA